CUUGAUAACAGGUAACCUAAUACCUAGGCUUUAGCUCCGGGGAUAAAAAGUCUAUUAGGCAGAAGUUGGAUUUUGAGUUCUAACCAAAUUAACAAUAAUGAUCUAUUCCAUUCUAUUCAUAUUCUACCGGUAAUUCUACAAGCGGAACCUUUCAUUUUUAGGAUUGUUGGCGGGAUUACUUAUAUUGAGACAGGAUGUGGUGUAACCAAGGUAGAAGUGUUGUCGUUUCCAUAGAAGAGAAGGACGUUGCCAGGGAAGUUAGUGCUGUGUCAGUGACAUGAUGAGCCAUUUUUACAUUGUAGCAUCAGUUCACAACAAUACAUUUUUAAAUAAUUAGCAUUGACGUUAAACAACAAAACUGGUUAGUUAGCCACAUUAUAGCAAGCUGACUAGCAACGUUGUAACACUAGCAAAAAUGCGGCCACAAAGACAACAGACCAACAACAAUACAGCCAUUACAGGAAGAUGUCUUUCUCCCACGGUCAACAGCUAUAAACUGCACUUUACAGCAGUGAACUCUCAAAUACCAGAGAGAAAUGUUCAGAGACCACUGGACGUCCGAUGGUCUAAAGACUUUACAAACAGGAUAAACAUGGACACCAUGAAAAUUAAUCCACCAAGACAAGACAGCAAGCUUAAUGCAGACAGUGGCAGCGGCAGGCCUCUCCACACCCCUGUGCUGGCGUUUGUCAGUGAGUUUAUGGGCCCUGAGCGUCCCCUCCUACCCCCUGCUGCUGCUCUACCCAGUGGGCAGACUGGUGACCUGGGGCCACAGCCACACAGAGUGAAGCCUAGGAGAGCAACCCACAGUGCAGGGGCCAUCAACUCCCACAGUACCUCACCCCUCACCCUGACAACUGGACCAGGUGAUGCCAUAUCAUUGAGUGAGAAUUCUCCCUCUAGUUUUCCAAUUGCCUUUCGUUCCUGUGAUGAUUGUGCUUUGAGUCCUGAGCGACUAGAUUUGGACAGGCGUGGUCUGGAGGAGUGUCCCCUGCUGGAGGGCAUGGGUAGGCUGCGGCUGCUUAACUUUCAGCACAACCUCAUCACGCACAUCCACAAUCUGUCUCAUCUGCGGCACCUGGCUUUCCUAGACCUGUAUGACAACCACAUCUCCCAGAUGUCUGGCAUCUCAGCCCUGGCCUCUCUCAGAGUGCUUAUGCUGGGCAAGAACAGAAUCCAGAAGAUAUGCAGUCUGGAUAACCUGACUAAACUAGAUGUUCUGGACUUGCAUGGCAAUCAGAUCUCCCAGAUAGGGAACCUCUCCCACCUGUCUGAGCUGCGCGUGUUGAACCUGGCAGGGAACUGCAUCUCCAGGGUGGACAACCUGCAGGGCCUGGACUCACUGACCGAGAUCAACCUGAGACGCAACUGCAUCUCCACUGUGACAGAGGUGGACCAGCUGCCCUGCCUUCAGCGCCUCUUUCUCAGCUGCAACAGCAUUACCAGUUUUGAUGAGCUAGCCUGCCUGGGAGAGUCUUGCUCCCUUUCUGAGCUCACCCUGGAUGGGAACCCAGUAGCCCUGGAGACAUGGUACAAGCAGGCCGCCCUGCGCUGUGUGCUUCAACUCAGACAGCUGGACAUGAAACGUGUCACGGAGGAGGAGAGACGUAUGGCCUGCGUCACGGCCCGGAAGGAGGAUGAGAAGAAGAGGGAGAGUCACAAGCAGGCCAUGCACAAGAGUCCUGCUCAUGUUGCGCCUCAGCAGUUCUACACUCAACUUGGACUCAAGUCUCAGGACUCCUCAGUGACAAGCAAGGAGAAGCGGCGCUUGGCCAUCCGUAAUGCAGCACUGCAGUGGGAGGGGGUCAGGGCCUGUCUGGAGCUCCUGGCUCAGAACGGAGCCAAGGAGGAAAUCAGCCCUGAGGCAAGCCCCGCCCACAGUCCCGCCCAGACCAAUGGCCUUGCACUGGAACCUUCUCCGGAUGAGCAGCUCAGACGGGUCAGUCCGCUGUCGGCUCCGGACAGGCCAACAGGGGGCAGUGAGACCCGGAUACGCUCCACCAGUCGCCCCAACAGUCCUCGAGACCCCAAGAAGCGUCAGCUGCAGUUUCUGUUGGAGGGGCGUGGGCGCCGUGCAGGCUUGAGCCCAGAGGAGCUGCGUGACAACGGCAAGCUGCUGGGAGAGGGCCUGAGCAGAGCCCUGUUCAACUACCCCAGUAGAGACUGCUGCAGUGUGGGAGCGGAGAGCCCAGAGGAGGGUGCUAUGGAGUCGUCAUCGGAGCGCGGAGCCAUGGUGGAGCAGUACAUACAGGCUCAGGUCCAGAGGGCAUCUGACACCAACCUGAAGAGGGAUUCCCUCCACAAGCUGUGGCCCUCCAUGUUUAUGGAGAUGGUGAGAGACUGUGUGCUGGAGAUGAGGGACCGACCGGCCUUCCGUCAGGCCUGCCUCAACAGGCUCUCCACACAGGGAAAGUGAGAGGGUGAGGGGUAGAGACCUGGUAAAACUCCAUAAGACCUACAGUACAGCAAACUGGACACAUACUGGAAACAGGUAGAGCAUACUGGACACAUACUAGAAACAGGAACAGCAUACUGGACACAUACUAAAAACAGGUACAGCAAAAUGGACACAAACUAGAAACAGGUACAGCAUACUGGACACACUAGAAACAGGUACAGCAUACUGGACACAUACUAGAAACAGGUACAACAUACUGGACACAAUAGAAACAGGUACAGCAUACUGGACACACUAGAAACAGGUACAGCAUACUGGACACAUACAUACUGGAAACAGGAUACUGGACACCUACUGGAAACAGGUACAGCAUACUGGACCUACUGGAAACAGGUACAGCAUACUGGACCACUUCUUCUACUACAGCAUAUUGGACACUCUCAUGCUGCUCUGUCUCACCACGUUAACUCGUCUUCAUCAUCACGUGGUCAGUCCGUCAGGUUUUGGGGAAUUUUGGGGUUCGAUUCUUUUCAUAACUGGAAAAACGUAUUCAGAUCGAAGAUGGAUGUGGAUUUUUUUUUAAAGGCAAUUUUGGGGGGGGUUCUCACCAGCCGGGCCUCAUAAGCUUGAAUGCUCAUUAUCAUGGAAAAGACAAUAUUGAUGCUUGUUCUAUACUCUGUUCUUCCUAUUCAACUUGAUUCCAGGAUGCACAGAGCUAUAGAGCUAUAUACUUGAGAAAGUCAUUGUGAGCGUACAUUGUCAUCCCUAAAGAGGAACACUCUUUGCACUUUAAAGCCUUCAUAAAGACCCUGUUCAUGAUCUCCAGCUGAAGAUUACAAUGAGUGUGUCCCAUUGAGCCUAGAAUGAUUGUGUCAUGAUAAUCCUCUUCUUAAUGUUACUCUCUCUCUCUGCCUGGCGUGUUGACAAGGGCACAAAAUACACGUUUUCUUUUCGGACCACUCAUUUUCUGUAUUGUACUUAGUAAUAAAAUAUUCCUUAACGCUUAA